CUGUGCAUGACAGCAAUCUGACCCGACGGCACUGUCAGCAAUUAAUUACCAGUAGUUGGAUCGUGAACCUGUUCUCAUUAUUCCACACUCACCCAAACCACUUAUGGAGACCGGGAACCCCAUCUCGAUAUACAGGCACAACGCUGACCAGCCGCCGCAGGAGGGGGCGGCAGCUGGAGGCAAAAUUCGGUGUUGCCGCUACCGGCGUCGAUAUCAAGCUCCUUCAUCGAGGCAGCGAUCGAGUGUGGGAUUCCCCAUGCUGUACUUCUGGUUUAAAUAAUCAAAUCUGUCCAGCUUGUUUUGGCCACAACUACAUGACGCAUGCUCAUCCAGGGCAAAGACUUUCAGGAAAUCAAACUCUAGUUUCCUAUGGACAAAUAUUUGAAAUGGGUUUCUUCUCACCAUCAGGUUCAGGUAACAACUCUCGCAAUUAUUACCUAGGGAUAUGGUACAAAGGGUUACCAACGCCACAAAGAACAGUGGUGUGGGUAGCCAACAGGGAUCAUCCUGUAUCUGAUCCAUACUUUUCUUGGUUAGAACUUGACAAGCAUGGCAAUCUCUCUCUCUAUACUUCCACCGGUCAUGCAGUUUGGUCAACCAACUCUUCCUUUAGUUUGGGUCCCUUGGAUUCGAUAGCUGCUAAUCUUCGGGAAGAUGGAAAUUUUAUUAUAAGCAGGUCAGUUGAUGACUACAGUUGGCAAAGCUUUGAUUACCCAACUGAUACCUUGCUGCCUAAUGCGUAUUUGGAAUAUGAUAAUGACAGAGGUAUUAAAAGGGUUCUGAAAUCUUGGCUAGCUACAAGUAAUCCAUCAACUGGCAACUUCUCUGCUGAGGUAACUACAGUUUCUGUGGAUUUAGCUGAGGUUCAAUUGUUGCAAAAUGAUGGUUUUACUGAGUCUAAAUUCUGCAUAAAUCGGUUUCAUGAAACCAUAGAUUACGUGUAUGAUUUUGAAUUUCACUUUAUAGUAUACGCAGACAUUUACUCGUAUGUUUUGUUUUCAUAUGGCAACUCAUACAAUCUUGCAAGAUAUGUGUUAGAUGUAUCUGGAAAGCUCAAACUUUUAGGGUGGUCAAACGAAUGGGUUACCGUCAACAUGGACCACAAAAAAUGUGACUUUCUCGGUCAUAAUGAGGAUACAGGAGUGAAUGGCAAACAUAGUGGAAGGAAGAAUGCUACUUGGGUGGUUGUGGAGGUGGUGAUUGGGCUUACUACUGUGAUUGUUGCUAUUGCCAUUUUGCUGAUAAGGCUAUGGAAGAGAGGCACCACCACUUCAUCUAAGGUAAUGGGAGGAGAUACAUUGAAGCAGUACAACUACAGAGAUUUGAGAAAAGCAACUAGAAACUUCACAAUUAAGCUUGGAAACGGUGGUUUCAGCACUGUUUACAAAGGGGAGUUCCCUGAUUCAACUUUCGUAGCUGUCAAGGAACUUCGAGGACACUUUCGAGAAGAAAAACAGCUUCGAGCAGAACUCAAUACGGUAGGGCUGAUCCAGCACAAAAAUCUUGUUCGCUUACUUGGAUUCUGCUUACAAGGUUCCCAGAGAUUCAUAAUUUAUGAUUACAUGCCAAAUGGUUCUCUAGAAUCUCACUUGUUCCAGAGUGAUUCUAAUGUCUUAGAUUGGCGAACUAGAUACAAUAUUAUUCUUGGGACUGCCAAAGGUUUAGCUUACUUACACGAGCAUUGUAGAGACUGCAUCAUUCAUUGCGACAUCAAGCCGGAAAACAUUUUGUUGGAUGCUGAAUUUAAUCCUCAAGUCGCGGAUUUUGGCUUGGCAAAGCUUCUAGGCCGAGACUUCAGCCGGGUUCUUACCACCAUGAGAGGAACAAGAGGCUAUCUAGCACCAGAGUGGUUCUCUGGUGUCCCAGUCACUGCAAAAGUUGAUGUGUAUAGCUACGGCCAGGUCCUUCUUGAGAUCAUUUCAGGUAGAAGGAACAUGGAUCUAGUAAAUGACGAUCUAGCUAGUUAUUUCCCGGCAAUUGUUUUCAAUGCAUUGAACAAUGGGGAGGAUGUUCUGCCUUUAGUAGAUUCCAAACUACAAGGCAAAUUCAGCGCAGAAGAGGUAAAUAGAGCAUGCAAGGUUGGUUGUUGGUGCAUUCAAGAUGAUGAGAAUGAUAGACCAACAAUGAAAGAGGUUGUUCAAGCUUUGGAAGGAAAUCUUGAUGUAGGUAUUCCUCCUAUUCCCCAGUUUUUCCUGUCCUUAGCAGAACCUUCUGUCCAAAAAGGUGAUCUGAAGGAAAGCAAGGAUUAUAGUACAUCGAGCACACUGCCUUCAAGUUUCAGCUUUCAAGCACCAGUUCACCCAGUUCAAGAUGAACCUUGAUAUCAUAUCAGUGAGUUCGCUGCUCCUGCUACUAUUCGUGAAACGGUGAGAGGCAUAACUUUGUUCAGCAGCUAGCUUUACUAAUGGCUAGAAACACUCAUUAAACUUCCAUUUAUUUCCUUCAAGAUCGAAGCAUCCAGAAUGCUGAAAUAAAUUAGUCACGAAGUAUUUCUGGUGCUUCCAUUGAUUUAUGUCAAAAUAUUAUUUUGGUGAAUUGGUGAUAACUGAUAAGAACUCAAUUGAUCUUCUUUACAAUUUAUGUAUGGUAGAAUGGACUUAUCAAAACAAGAAUGGAUUCAAUUACCUAGUGUUUCUACAUAUAAUUAAACAUUAAAAAUCUUUUUUUAAGUAAACUUGAUUUCCACCUACUGGUGAUCAAUUGAUCAUGCUCACAAGAACUUUGAUGCUUGAGUU